GUUGAAUGUGAGGAGUUAGCAGUGCGGGUGAUGAGAAGUCUAGCCUUGGGGAAGGGGAUUUGAGGUGGAAAACUCUCUCUUUCCCUGCUUUUAAAGCAACAGACUUCUUCUGUUUCAAAUUAUUUUUUAAAUUCACUGAUGAGAGUUGUCAAAACAGUGUAUGAAUUUCCACAUUUCGAAGAUGCGUGGAUGCUGCUUCCUGAUUUCAGGAGUAAACUGGAGCUAUCCUGAAUCCGCACUGCUGCGAAGAGAUCCCGAACUAGUAUCGAGUCUGCUGCUGCAAUAUUUAGUAAGAAAUAUUGAGAACAUGGCUACGUAGCCCACCGCUGAUCUUACUAAUUCUUAGUUAUUAGGUAUUAAAUAUUUCUUUUUACCCCCGACAAAAUGGUGAAGGAAAAGCCGAAUUCCACAAGAACAUAUGACGAAGAUGGUUUCCGGCGAAGGGCAGCUUGUCUUUGCGUAAAAGACGAGCACGAAAAUGAAGUUCUUUUAGUAACAAGUAGUCGAGCUCCUGAAAGAUGGAUUGUCCCUGGUGGAGGUCUAGAACCAAAUGAAGAACCAAGUGUUGCUGCCAUUCGUGAAGUAGUGGAAGAGGCUGGCGUCAGGGGGCACUUAGGCCGAUGCCUUGGCACAUUUGAAAACCCAGAGCGUAAACAUCGAACAUCGGUGUUUGUAUUGGUUGUCACAGAAGAGCUUGAUGAAUGGGAAGAUUCCAAAAGUAUAGGUCGUAAGCGAAAGUGGUUUCCUGUUGAUGAAGCUCUUGAUCUUUUGUCCAUACAUAAGCCUGUACAGUGCUCCUACCUUAAGCUGCUCACAAGGAAUGAUAAAGUCCCAUGACAAAACUCCCCACUUUUAAGAUACAGGAUGAAAGUAAAAAAGGAUGCAGACAUACAACCACCAUGAGCACCAAAUGAAAAUCUGAAUUAUAUUGUUUAUAGAUGUGAGGACCUUGAUUGUCUGCUUUUUUACUGUUUUAAUCCCAUUUACAACUUCUUUUAAUAUAUGUGUUAUAGGAUUUUUCAAACAGAAAAGUAAUACUAAAUAAUAUUGUUACUAUUAGGCAAAGCAAUGCAAGUAUAGAGAUUUAUUGAAACUAAAUUAUUUUCCUUUCCCGUUGCUGAAAAGAAUUCAAAAAAGAUACAUGGAUCACAUAUGUUAUUUGGCUUCACAAUCUUUUACAUUUUACUAGGAGCAAUAAAGUAGAUAAUAUACUGUUAAAGUAUUUGCUGAUCUUUCAUUAAAACUAAAUUGUUGUUUAUUCUAAACCUAUUUAAAUGCAGUGAAAACUGUUUGUAGGAUUUUAUCUAUGCAAUGUAUAUCUUGUUUGUAGUAUAGGUAAUGUGAAUAAUACUAGAUAACCCUAUAUUUGAUGUUGAUACUGGAAAUUAUUUCAUUACAAAUUUUGUUUUUGCAUGCAUUAAAUAUUUUAGAAUUCCAAGAAGUUACUGUCUUAUGCAUUUCACGCAGAGAAAUUUGGGUCCAUACCCCCCCCCCCUUGUUCAAUGUCAUUUAUAUGUGGUGGUUCAUAAUUUGUGUAUUAAUUCUUUAAGCACUUGAUUUUGCAAGCAGUACUAUAGAAGUUUUGGUUAAAUACCUGUAUCCUUACAUCUUCCUUGUCAUCAUUUUAUAUGAUAUAGCAAUUUAUGCUGAUAGUGUACUUUUUGUUUUACUUUUGGUUAUUAAAAUGUAAAUAUUCAAAAUAAGUUCACUUUUUCCCCCUUUAAAAAAUUAAACUGGGGCAUUUAAUUUUAUUGAAUGCUCAAUCAAUUAUAUACAAUUAUCACCUGAACUUUGCUCAUAGAAUGUUUGAUAUCUGCAAAUAUUCCAAUUAUUGUUGUCAGAGUAUUAUUGGUGAGAAAAUUUGUUAUUGACCUAUGUACUUCAUUUCAAAAUAUGAUCUUGUUUUAAUUGCUGUUAGCAGUACAUGAUCAGCUUUGUAUUAACAAUAAAUGACAAAGAAUUAGAGUAAUUCUAAAUUCCUUAAAUGAAAUCCUUUUAAAAGCUUUUAAGGUGUCAUAGUGGAAUAUAUUUUUUAAAAUUAAAUUGGUUGAAAUUGUCUAAACCUUCAAUUUUAACGAUUAUAUUUUGUCUGUGUUUGACAAAAUUGCGAUAUCUUAUCUGAGUUUUUCCUUCGCCAAAAAGAAAAAGAAUAAAAAUACUUUUAAUAAAUGAAUAAAUGAAUUAGUAGAUUUUUAUGAUUAAUGGAUUGUUUUUCAUUGAUUAUUAACUUAAUUGCCUGUACCAGAAUGUAUAUCAUCCAUGAUUGGUUCUAAAAAUGUAAUUAUAGAAAUUCUAUUGUUCUCAAUUCCAUGACUUAAUUAAUUUAUAUUGACAUUUUGAGAAAAUUGAUUUCUAAAAUUCUGAUAAUAUAUUUCGCUUCAAGCAAAAAGUCACUAAGUUUAAAAUGAUACUUUUGAAUUACACUGAAUGUAGUCUUUUGAGUUCAAAUGAAAAAUUGUAUACCAAAAAUUUCUUUUCAGUUUUUUAGCUUCUGUAAUAGACAUAAUCAUGUUUAGAUAGCUGUCUUAUAUUAUUAUGAAAUAAUAACUUAAUGAGUCCAUCAUAUUUUUGUGGACUCUGUGAUUUGCUUGAAUGUUGACAAUAUUUAUUGUAUUAUGUUAUUGAUGUUUUUUGUUCAAAUUCUUUCAGAAAUGUAUAAUUUUGCUUUUUUUAAGACAUAGUUUCAAAAUGAAACUUUGUUACAAAUCGUUAAAAUUUGGUACUUCUGCUGUAUUUUUUUCUUUUUUUCAUGGUGAAAUGUCAGAGAAAAAGUUAUAACAUUUCUUUUUCACCAAAAAGAGCUAUUGAGCUCUGGGUGUUUUUAACCGCAUCAAAUUGUUUUAAUUAGAAUUUAACUUGCAUUGCAAAUGCACAUUUUGUGAAAUACAAAUAAAUUUUAAUAAUAAAAGAGGAAGUUGAGAAAAUUAAUUUAAAAUAUGAAAAUAUUUAAAUUCUAUUUUUCGUCACCCGAAAGGUUUCCUAGCACUUUAUCUGAACAAGAAUAAAUUGACUAUACUUAGGCCAAUUGCAUAUGCAAUUAAUGAUAAUUAACAUGAAAGGUCAACAGUAAAUCAAAUUGUAUAGCAUUAUAUAAUUUUCACUUAUUUAUGCUAAGAUUUUUCAAUUGAUGAUGAUGGUGGUUGUUUAAAAAUUGUGCUGUAUGAUAUGUAAUCGUUAUAAGCAAAUAACAAUAUAUCACCUCUUUUUUCUACCAUGGAAUUUAAAACAUACAUAAAUUAUCAUAACUAUUAUGUAGAGUUCUGAGUUCUGCUUUCUAUAGAAACUGCACUUAGAAAAUGACAUAGGCGAUGUUAUUUUAAGUUUUAUACCUUAAACUUCUUAAUAUUGUUUGAUAUGAAAGUUUCUAAUGUUUGAUAUAAACCUUUCAGUGUAAGGGGGAAACAUUUUGUGCAAUGUGUGAAAUGAAAUUCUUAUGGUGCCAUGAACCAGCAUAGUCUCUUCUAAUCAAAACUUUUGCAAUAAAUUCUAAAAUUUUAUUAAAAUUCUUGUUCUAAAAUCUUCAAAUAACUUCACAAACAAUCAUUUAAUGAAUUUGUAUUUAACAGUACUGGCGUCUCUGCAUUGGAUAUUACGAGUUCUUAACCCUAUCAUUUAUCAACUUAAGUAGGCUGUUUGAUUAUACAGGGAAUCUAUGCAUUUUCAUUUAUAUACAUGGUUAAAUUUCAUUGAAAAUUAAUUGAGAUUCAUUAUAAGUGUUUUACUGUAAAUGAAAUUUAAUUAAAUUUUAUAGGCAUUAUUAGUUUUAAUACGUAAUUCACUACUGACUUUCAAAAUUGUUUUGCUUUGAACUUCUAUUAAAUUAUUUCCAAAAAAAAAAAAAAAAAUCAAUCAUAAUGAAUUCUUUAUUCAUAAAAAUUAUUUAACACUAGUAUUAACGUAUUGAAUUUUGCUGAAAAAUUAUUUUCAUAUUAGGAUCCUGUGUUAUUUUUUGAAAAUUGUCAUUAAGAAUGAUAAAUUUUAUGUUAAUGAUUUUAAAAAGAAAAACCUUAAAAAAUAUGUAUUUGAUACAUUAAGAGCAUCCUUUUAAGAAAUAUUUAUAAACAUAAACUACAUUAGUUAGAUUUUUUUAAAAGUGUAUUGUUAGUUACAAUGAAAAUGCUCCCUUAACAAUCGUUGUUCCUUUUUUAUUAUUAUUAUUAUUUAUCUUCAAAACUUGCUUCUGAACCAGGGUUGGAAGUUAGGAUAUUAAAGUUAGUUGUCAUUGGCACUUAAUUUUUCUGUUUUAGUUCCCAAAACAUUCUCUGCUAAGGUAUUAUUUUAAAAUCAUUCAAGUUGCUAAUGCACAACAAACAACUGUUAUGAUGAUUAUGAAUUUAGUACAAAGUAUCCCAAAACAACACUACUAUUCAUACUAAGUAUGAUAAGUAGGUUAAUUAUUGAAAACAAAUUUCUGUUAAAAGCUUUUCGAAAAUUUCCUGUGUUAUUUAGGAAUAUGUGUACAGAUGCCUAUUUUCAUUUGUGCUUAGCAAAGUAAAAUACAGAACAGGUUGCUUACACAUCAAAAUUAGUCAUUUUCUAAUCACAUAUUAAUUUUCGAAGGUGUUUUUUUUGUGGGUACUUCAUAAGUUAAGCAUUUUGAGAUUUUUUUUUUUUUGCUACUAUUGGUGGGGCCAAGGGGGGCCUCCCCCAUAAAUUUGUAAAACCUUUACUGCCAUGACAUUUAGCUAGCCCCUAGUUUCUGAGUAGGCUGGCAUUGCCUCUCAUCAACCUCAGCUAUCGGCAAAAACCAAAACAAUUCACAAUUUAGCUGUCUUUUGAAAGAUUACUCUUAAAUACUCGAAUUUUUGAACUGACCAAAUGCUUUGCAGGCAUCAGUUUAUUAUUUUAAUAAAAAGUUAGUCAUCAAAACUGAUGACUAGAUAUUAAAUCACAGUCAUGGUGUAAAAUGCAACUAAUGACCUUAUUUCAAGUCCUGUUCAGAAUCGUAUCAUUAAGUUUAUCACUAUGAAACGAAAAAUUCAAGCCCAAAUAGAACUUAUUGUGACUAUGCUGGAAAAUAUUUAUUAAUUCAGUGUAUAAUUUUGUGAUUUUAUAAUUCUAGGACAGUUAAUCUGAUUUUAUUUUAUCAGAUUUGAUUGCACUGAAAGGUUUUAAGAAUCUCAAGAUAAUCAUGCAAUCUCUUCAUUUGUCAUGCUCAUUGCUACAUGUCCCAACUUCUAAGUGGAAUGUAUGUGUGUCCAGAUUUUCCAUAAUAAAGAAAAUAGUGCUCUCA